UCUCUCUUUGAAUCUGACGAAACACGCACGGACGAUCAAGAACCAGUCGAAUUAGCUUCAGAAUUUCAGCACCUCCUUUCUUGGGCAUGGAACAAUCUUCGACUGUCUGCCAGCAUUUUGGCGCGAUGGGCGGUGCUCAAUUCUUCUAUAGCUGACCUAAACGCAGUGUCAUCAUCAACCCCUUCGCUUAACGCUGGCGUCGGGCUUACGCCGGAUUCACUGAGUGAAUGGUUGAGUCGGAUCACUGUCCUCCUUUUGCACGUCCUAGUGCACUGUCGACACCGAGGUACUAUUGAAUCCGUCUCAUGCAGCCUUGAAUAUCUACUUUCUCACUCAUCAACCUCUUUCGCUUUCUGGCCAUUUCCAUCAGCAACACCAUCCCGUGGGCGUAACAUGCACAACAAACCACUCAAUAAUUCUACCAGAAAAUCGUAUAUCACUCAGUCAAGCCUAAGCGAGAGGCAUUUGAACGGCUUUACUCCAGAUUCAGACUGCGGCGUUGAGUCUGGUACUAUACCUAUUGCCUCUGUACCACAUACUUCCCUUGUUUGCAGUGCUGAAUUUUUGCAUCCAACACCGGAGGCGGUGCUCGAAAUCUGCUGGUCUGCUAUAUCGAAUAAAAAAACUGCCUUCUCUGUGACCAGACGCUCGGCUGGCCUUUGGCCGGCUGUUCGUGCGGCUCUGGUUGCCGAAGGUAUCCGCUCAAAGGCUGUUGCCAAUAGAAGCCAGGUAAGAAGGAUAGAAUCAAAGACUAUAGGUAUAGCUAAGAUAAAAUAUUGA